UGUUGAUCAGUUCAACGGUAGCCUUUGCAACGGAUUGUUGAUAUAAUUGUAAUAUUAAUUUAAUGUUUUCAAUUAAAUCAGUCUGUAUUCAGUGCGUUUUGGAUUGACCAUGGAUUUUAAAGUAUUUUUAUAUAUUGCCACAUUCGUCUUCCUAUCAUGUUUACGGGGAACGUCAGGCACAUGUGCAAUCAAAGACCGCAAAGAUUGCACUUACUCGGUGGUCUGCGAGUUCCAUCCAGGCUCCGUCAGCAGCCCCUGCAACUCCAACGCACACGUCAACUUCAUCAUCAAGGAGUCCUCCCUCGAGACCCUCACCACCGGCUUCUUCGGGGCCACCAACUUUGACUCCAAAGUCAGGAGCAUCCAAGCCGUCAACAACAAGUGGACCAACAUCGAAUCCUACGCCUUCAAAUACUACUCCAAAUGCACCGACCUUAACCUCGCCAAUAACAACAUCAAAAAUAUAAAAAACAACGCUUUUAGACUAUUGACCGUUCUCAAUUCACUAAACUUGUCUAGAAAUGAAAUUGACCAUUUAAAUUCAGACUCUUUUAAGAUUGCUGAUUCAGGUGUAAAUGCAAUAAUAAUCCUCGAUCUCUCAAGUAACUUAUUGACGAAAAUUUCAAGUGAACCGCUGAGUAAGAUGACGAACUUAGAACAUUUGUACUUGCAGAACAACAAACUUAACUCUUUGGCAGAUGAUAGUCUUCUAGCUUUGAAAAGCUUAACAAUCCUUAAUUUACGGAACAAUCAGCUGACAGCUAUUAAUGCUACCCUCAUUAAUUUGAAAUCGUUAUUGGCAUUAGAUUUGGCUCAUAAUAAUUUGAUUAAAUUAUCAGGGUUUGAAGUAAACCGCUUAGGAUCUCUGUUAUUCUUGAACUUGAGUAACAACGCUAUACAGGAAAUCGAGUCUAACAGCUUUACUCAAACUACUAGCCUUAAGUCGAUUGACCUAAGAAAUAAUAAAAUCAAAUCAACUAUAGAUGAUAAAAUGUUCAGCAACAAUAAUCAACUGCAAUACUUAAACAUGUAUAAUAACAGUAUCGAGCAUAUACAAGAUGAUGCAUUUAUAAACAAUGUUCUAACUACACUUAAUUUAGAGAAGAAUGAUUUAAAAGGAGAUAUAUCUGGACAAACAUUUAAAGGAAUAUCAAAAAUUACUACGCUCGAUUUGUUCAAUCAUAGUAUAACAGCUAUAAGAAACGACGCAUUUUAUACAGCUGAUAGUCUCAUGUCCUUGAAUCUGAGUAGAAAUGAUAUAAAUACAAUCGAAGUUAACAGUUUCAGGAAAGGGACGAAUUUGAGCAUUUUAGACUUCUCCCACAAUAAUAUAUCAAAUCUAGAUUUUUUACAAGAUGCGUUAGAAGUUCUCACCGAGCUUUACAUUAAUGAUAAUAAACUCACUGUCAUAAAACAAGGUACAUUUGCUAACCAAACGAAAUUGAAGAAACUGGACUUGUCAAUGAAUUUCAUCCUUACCAUUGAAAACUUUUCAUUACCUCUUCUGAGUUUGCAAUAUCUAAAUGUAACUGGUAACCUUUUGCAAGGGUCUCUUAAGAGUGACGUUCUAAGUCCAUCAAAAUUUAUCCGAUUUUUAGACUUGAGCAGUUUCAACCUUACCAGUGUUGAACACAAAGCAUUUGUCGACUCACCUCUACUUGCUAGAGUGAACCUUUCGCAUAAUUCGAUCAACUUUAUAGAAUCAGAAAACUUUAUAAAUAUGGGCAAUUUGUACAGUUUGGAUAUAUCCUGGAACAACCUAAGAACUUUGCCAGUAAAUAAUAGCAAAUUACCAAAUCUUAAGUCACUUUAUUUAAACAACAAUUAUUUACAAGGCAUUUCCAAUUCCUUUUCAGACAUAUCAAAUGUAAUUUACCUUGACAUUUCUGUUAAUAAUAUUACUGAUAUAUCUGAGCCAAUAUUUCAAACAUUACUGAAUUUACGUGUUUUACAUGCUUCUAGUAAUAAGUUGACGCAGUUUAAUAACCCACGUACAAACUCUCUCACAAAGUUAAUGACUUUAAGCUUAUCUUCAAAUGAUUUGUCUGAUAUAAACUUAAGUUUCUACCCAGAUUUGAUUAACGUCGAUUUGAGUCACAAUAGAAUCAGUUCCAUAAACAAUUCCUUCUUCCAAAACCUGGAUUACUUACAGUCCAUUGAUUUGAGCUUUAAUAAUAUCACUAAAUUGACUCCCGGUACAUUCCAAAGCCUUAAAAUUUUAAAGCUUCUCAAUGUAUCUUCGAACUCAAUUAGAGACUUGCGCUACGGCAGUUUCAAAGGCCUUGGAAGAGUAGAAGUUAUAGAUGUAUCACGAAACGCUAUACAGGUCCUAGACGUGCACAUAUUCCACGAAUGCACAGAGUUGAAACAAUUGAUUAUUGAUUACAACUACAUCACUCAGCUGGACAUUGAGAGUUUAGUUACAACCGCUACUAAGCUCAACGUCCUCAGUUUAGGCGGCAAUCCAAUCUUGUGUAAAGAAAUUGUGAGAAAUUACAAUUCAGGCAUUGGAGGGAGGCGCGUUGAAGUCACUUCUGUGCAUAAGGUCUUUGAGGAGGAUAAUGUUCACGGAAUUUGGUGUGGUAGCGGAACUGUGUCAUCAACUACAGCGGCUUCUAGUACUGCUACUUUGACAGAACCCAGUGGUACCAACGCUAUAUCCCACGUUCUGCUGGCCUGGUGUACGGUGUUGACGAUUUUGAUACUCGUUGUAAUUGUUGGCAGUUAUUUUUAUAAAAGAAACCAAGAACCGUUUGAAAUAAGACAGUCAAGUAGCAAACGAAGUUGCUCCACAGAAUUUGAAUACCAAAGCGAUCUAUUAUUAGAAUAAGUUAUUAUAUUAAGAUACAAAUUAAUUUAUUGUAUUUAUUAGUAAUUUGUUUAAAAAUAAGUUUUAUUUAUAGAAAGAGUCGCCAAGCUUUGUAAAAAAUACCAAUAGUUAAAUAAUUAAA